UGUAUUUGGCUGGGUUUUUCAGGAAAAGAAGAUGCCACCCAAGCGCAUAGCUAAGAGAAGAUCACCCCCAGAAGAUGCUACCCCCAAAAGCAAGAAAGUGAAGGACCCUCGUAACCAGGCAGUGAGGGCAGCCGUCUCCCACCAUGCUCCUGGCGCCCGCUCCUGCCAAGUCUCUCAUAGGUCCCACAACAUAGAGCCCGGCAAGGUGCUGACACUGGGCCAGGGGGACGUGGGCCAGCUGGGGCUGGGAGAGAACGUGAUGGAGAGGAAGAAGCCAGCCCUGGUGCCCAUUCCUGAAGAUGUCAUCCAGGCCGAGGCAGGGGGGAUGCACACUGUGUGUCUAAGCAAGACUGGCCAGGUCUAUUCCUUCGGCUGCAACGAUGAGGGUGCCCUGGGAAGGGACACAUCACUGGAAGGCUCGGAGAUGGUCCCCGGGAAAGUGGACCUGCAGGAGAAGGUGGUACAGGUAUCAGCAGGAGACAGCCACACAGCAGCCCUCACGGAGGAUGGCCGUGUCUUCCUCUGGGGCUCAUUCCGGGACAAUAACGGGGUGAUUGGGCUCCUGGAGCCCAUGAAGAAGAGCAUGGUGCCCGUGCAGGUCCAGCUGGAUGUGUCUGUGGUGAAGGUGGCCUCAGGGAAUGACCACCUGGUGAUGCUGACGGCUGACGGUGACCUCUACACCCUGGGCUGUGGAGAACAGGGCCAGUUGGGCCGAGUGCCUGAAUUAUUCGCUAACCGCGGUGGCCGCCAGGGUCUUGAACGGCUCCUUGUCCCUAAGCGCGUGUUGCUGAAAUCCAGGGGAAGCCGGGGCCAUGUGCGCUUCCAGGAUGUCUUCUGUGGCGCCUACUUCACCUUUGCCGUCUCCCAGGAGGGUCACAUCUAUGGCUUUGGUCUCUCCAACUACCACCAGCUUGGAACGCCAGGCACAGAAUCUUGCUUUGUACCCCAGAACCUGACAUCGUUCAAGAACUCCACCAAGUCCUGGGUGGGCUUCUCGGGUGGCCAGCACCAUACGGUCUGCAUGGAUUCCGAAGGAAAAGCGUACAGCCUGGGCCGGGCUGAGUAUGGGCGGCUGGGCCUCGGGGCGGGUGCUGAGGAGAAGAGCAUCCCCACCCUCAUCCCCAGGCUGCCUGCCGUCUCCUCAGUGGCUUGUGGGGCCUCUGUGGGGUAUGCUGUGACCAAGGAUGGCCGAGCUUUUGCAUGGGGCAUGGGCACCAACUACCAGCUGGGCACCGGACAGGACGAGGACGUCUGGAGCCCUGUGGAGAUGACAGGCAAACAGCUGGAGAACCGAGUGGUCUUGUCUGUGUCCAGCGGGGGCCAGCACACAGUCUUACUAGUCAAGGACAAGGAACGGAGUUGAUGAGGGCCUGGCCCCCGGCCCCCUCGACCUUCCUCAUGGAUCAGGGAAGCAGUGACAAUUACGGACUCCAGCAGCUCUGCCCUCAGCCCUGAGCGCUCUUGUUACCUCCUGCCUUUUUCUCAUCAGCGGAACUGAACCCCGUUAUUCUUUUUAGUUUUUCCUUUCCUGCUUUGGGUACUCACCCUAAGAUAAGACCUGCAGGAUGACAGGCUGGAGGGGAAAGGGGCAGGGGCUUAUCUCAAGGACCGUGGCUCCCCCGGAGCAUGUGGAUAGACCUUUCCUGGCACGUCCCUACCUCUCACGGCCCUGCUAGUCUCCACCUUGCCCACCGAAGAACCCUAGCUUCCUUUGGUGAGUGUUUGGUGCCCAUGCACUGAACUCUGGGCUCUGUCAAGCCCCACCCUAGUCAUGUGCCUCUCUGCCCCUAACAGCUUACAGGCAGGCAGACACAGGUACAGUUGCCAGAGUCAGCUGUCAUGGCUGCGUGCUUUGGGGGAGGGGGGAAAGGGCAGGGCUGGCUAGCCAGCCAUGGGAUGGGCUGCACUCAGCCAAAUGCUUGGCUCUGAAUAGGUACCCAGGGGCAGAAAGGACAAUGAUUGUUCGCUUGACUGAAGGAAAAAAGCAGCCAACUAAAACUUCUCCUAGAAGCACAAAGCAUUCUCCUGCCCCUUGGGCACCGCCCGCUUAUCCAACCCUUUCCAGCUGCCUCACCUGCAGCCAAAGGCCCGAACACAGAAGGGAAACUAGGCAGGACAGGACUUCGGGGAGACGAGAUGGUGGAUUUUUAAAAUAUUGAAGGGGUGGAGAGAAGGGAGGGGAAGAGGUUUGGGGACAGGGAGGGGCUGGUCCCAAGAAACAGAACUUCUACAGUGACCAAGACCAUAGAAAGUAGUUGUGAUUUUUUUUAAAUGUAAACUAUUUUGGAGGAGAGAGUGAAAUCUUUUAAAGCUUUGAAUAAAUUUAGAGUUUUAUAAAAAUGGGCCCCUUUUUUCCUAUACAUUUCCUGCUUUUUGAAGGGAAUAACCCGCUGCAGGCCCAGGGGUCCACAGCCCUGGGGCCAGGCCUGGGACUUAGUGUCCAGAUGUCCCGAGGUGCUGGUGUAUGCUGCUCAGCUGCUGGUGCAGCUGUUCGAGACUCCAAAUCUACACACUGAAGUUGACUGGGAUUUUGGGUUGUGGGAAUCACUGCUUUUUUUUUUUUCCCUUUCUUUACAGUACAUUUCUAGAAAUAUUUAGUAAGCUUGGGUCAUUUUCAACACCUGAUGCAGUUUGUAAACAUAAUUGCACAAUCGCUCUUAAAGGACAAUUUCUGUCAUCGAAUGCAGACUUGACAGGCCUGUGAGCAACCAAAGCCUAGCGCUGACUCCGCCCCUCAUGGUAGCCAGGAGCUUCAGGUGACCACUCAUGUGCCACCUUGGCCCAUUCAGGUGAAGUCCAACGACAUCAUAGCUCUGAUCCCAUAAGGUUAUACUGGAGGUCAGAAAUCCUCAUCCAAGGAACUGGACACAACUGCACAGUAGCAAACAGAAAAGCGUCCCAACACAACACGUGUUACCUCACGUCUCCUGUAUACAGUGAUUUCCGCUGCUAGGCAUAAAAUGGCACAGUACAUACAUAACCUGUAAUACAUGUCUCGAUUGUCAUAAUACUGGCUUAUGUAUGUACUGUACUGUAGAUCGUUACUUUAAUGUGAACUUUCCCUACUUGCAAAUAAAAAAAAUGUGCUGUG